AUGGUAGUCGCAGCGGAACAGGGGAGGAGCAUGGUUGUUGAUGCUUAUCCUGUCAACUACUCACCCAACGAACGGCCAUCAAAGGGCGGGAUGCUACGUGCAUUCCUGUCCGCCUCGCUGAAGGAUUGCAAGGCUUUCUGCUCUGAGAUCCAGAGGUACUUGCAGAAGUCCUUCGACGGUGAGUUCUUGGCUUCUGGUGCCAGCAGAAGAGAUCUUUGGCGCGUGCUUCUGCCGCUGCCGGGCAUCUUUGCCUUUGUUGCAGACCGCGGUGACCACGAGCUCAUGAUCAUGAACGUGUGGAGCCUGGCAGUGCGGCAUGAUACCAUUUGCCGCCUGCUGAGCCUGUCUACUGAAGAGCGGGAACGAGCCUUGGCGAAGGUCUCCGGCUCCGGCAUCUUCGCCUGGUACCUUACCAACCGUCCAGGGUACCAUGGAGGCGGCUGGCCUUGCAUUCUGGAUGAAGAUAGGCAGGCGUCGACCCUGGAUGCUGCCAAAGUUGCAGCAGAUCUUGGGUUGCGCGUGCUCAUGCUGAAUUUCGCGCAUGGGUACAACUGUGGCGGAGGCUUCGAGCAUGCAGCGGGAAGCCAGGAAGAGGCGAUCUUCCGCUCGUCCUCGCUUUUUCUCAGCCUGUGGCCGCAUCGAAGAAAGGAUGAUGGUCCGGGGGUGCUGAAACGCGGCACCUGGAUCGGGGAUUUUGACCCGCUUCUCCCGCGGAAGGAGCCGUUCUACGAGCACACGGAGUGCGGUGGCAUCUACUCACCUCAUGUUCAGCUGCUGGGUACGGAUGCAGAGGUAGCUGUGGCCACUGUUGCAGCGCAGGAUGUGACCCGAAAUCCGCCCUUCAGGCCGGAGCUUCUGCGGGAGAAGAUCCGUACUGUGCUUUGGAUGGCAAGAGAGCAUGGCCACGAUGCCGUCAUCUUGGGCGCGUUCGGCUGCGGCUACUUCAGUAAUCCGACGGAAGCGGUGGCACAAAUCUUCCAGCAGGUCUUGGCAACCGAGUUCAGUGGAGUGUUCCGCCUGGUGGUGUUUGCCUUGCUUCGGGACAGGAACUUCCCAGUGUUCGCAAAGUGCUUCCCCCUCGUGGAUGUAAAGAGGCUGCCAGCUCUGCUGGAGAGCCAGACCCCGGCUCCAAAGCCAGAGUCGUGA